GAAAAGAGGUGGAGAUGGGGUUCAGCAUCAGCAGCAGCACGGUCAACAGCGGAGAGAUUUUCAAACAACCGCAACAACAGCCACCCGACAUCUUCUUUGAUGAGGAGUGGCUCCGAAUUAGACAGGCAGCAACGGCAGCAGUCCACCACGGAGUACACCACCACCACUUCGAGGCGGUUUUUGGGUAUUCGGUGGCCCUCUCUGUUGCCGGGAGUUAGGCGGGGCAGAUCUGCCACAACAGACACCCACGACAUGCCAUCAGAUGGCUACUACGGUGACGGUGGCGUUGGGGACGACCAUUUUAGCACACGUCAAGGUGGUGGUGGCGGGGAGCUACCAGUGUCCGGAGAAGAAGAUGCCCGGUUACAAGUGUCGCUCGAGGGAGCUCAAGAGCUCGGCAAGGGACUCGGAGGCCACACGGUGUAUAGCAUACAGGUUACAGAUCGAGCAAUAGGGGAGCAAUGGAUGGUACUGCGCCGGUUUCGGCAGUUCGAAGCCUUGCAUCGAGGGCUGCUGCCUGUACUUUCCAGAGAACCGGAUGCGAACGCGUACGUGCUGCCUCCGAAAGAGGUGUUUGGGGGGAGGCACGGAGGAGUGAUCGCGAAGCGUCUCAAGCUGCUCAAAGUGUACCUGGAUCGCCUCGUCACGUGCAGUGCCGCCCUUGAGCACCGUGCGUUGUCAUCCUUCUUGGAGCUUGAGCCGGCGCUGAGAGGUCUCGGUGCGUAUGGCCGACAUCAUGGCCCAGAGUGCGUCCUCAAGGAGGGUCGACUCUGGGUACGAGCGUGGAAGGGGGCGUAUAAACCCGUCAUUAACUUCGUUGACGCGGGGCUACACUUACUUGGAUGGACCAGGCGAGCAAGUGCCGAGCUGGUCAGGCUUGGCUUGACUAGCGAGGCUUGGCUUUCGAGGGUAAGCGCCUACGCGAUAGUUUCGCCAGGGCCUGUUUUUUUGGUGUACUAUGGCCCCGAGGACGACCCGGAGAAGCCCUUGUGGACCUUGCCUGAUAAGAGGACUAUCGGCUCGCAGGUCCGUGUUCGACGUGUGGACAUGCGGAAGACGGACUUCGAAAAGGACGGGAAUCGCUUCUUUCUGGUCAGGUUUGAUGCACAGCCGGGAUCACACGGGAAGGCAACAAGCAGCACUUGUCCACGCCAAAGAACCUAUGAAAGUGCGGCUUGGCUUGGUCAUAUGAUAUUGGGGCGUGGUAGACGGCACAUCUAUGCGCAAUGAAAAUAUAGGGACCCCUCCCUUAUGUCAACAUUCGCAUCUCCUCAUGAUGCAGUACACUCCGUGUUGAGCGCAUUGCUUGAUCAACAUGAACUGGCGUCGGACGAGGAACAUCCUUGACCCCUCCUUUCCGCUGUGUUUUCGCUCGAACAAUUUUGCAUCUAGCUGGGAGGAUACAUCACUCCUGUGCCAGGUCGACUCCGAGGCGUCUCUAGACAGCUGGGCACAUGCUAUCGACGAAACCGUAGGCCUUCGGCCGCAGCAGUCAGAGGAGGACAAGGCUAAGGUGGAUAUUGAGCUGAAGGCGAAGGAAGCGUGGACGACGCGAGAAGAGGGUUUGUGGGGGGGAUUGUAAUGUUGGGACCCGGGAAAGCGAGCUGAAUUUCGUAUUCUAGAGGCACCCUGGACGUCGUCGAACGUUGUCGAGGGUCGUGUGUUCGGUGCGAGGGGAGGCGCCGUUACAGGUACCAAGGUUUGUGCUGAAGGAGGUGUUGCAGGAGUCUCUCCGCACAUGCACGGAUUAGUCCGUUGUUUAUAGUGGGGUGUUUCACGGUUUCUGGCGUUUUCCGGAUGUCCGAGUACUAAUAUUUC